UUUCUUGCUGCCAGCUCGUUUGCCGGCCGGUCCUCUCCCCGCACGCCCCAGCCAUGCUCUCCGCCCUCGCCCGGCCUGCCGGCGCCGCUCUCCGCCGCAGCUUCAGCACCUCGGCCCAGAACAAUGCCAAGGUAGCCGUGCUGGGGGCUUCCGGAGGAAUCGGGCAGCCCCUUUCGCUUCUCCUGAAAAACAGCCCCUUGGUGAGCCGCCUGACCCUCUACGAUAUCGCGCACACACCCGGAGUGGCCGCGGAUCUGAGCCACAUCGAGACCAGAGCGACUGUGAAAGGCUACCUCGGACCUGAGCAGCUGCCAGACUGCCUGAAGGGCUGCGAUGUGGUGGUUAUUCCAGCCGGAGUCCCAAGAAAGCCAGGCAUGACACGGGAUGACCUGUUCAACACCAACGCCACCAUCGUGGCCACCCUGACGGCUGCCUGCGCCCAGCACUGCCCCGACGCCAUGAUCUGCAUCAUUUCCAACCCGGUUAACUCCACCAUCCCAAUCACGGCGGAGGUCUUCAAGAAACACGGCGUGUACAACCCCAAUAAAAUCUUCGGGGUGACGACCCUGGACAUUGUCCGAGCCAACGCUUUUGUUGCAGAGCUGAAGGGUUUGGACCCGGCUCGAGUCAGCGUUCCCGUCAUUGGCGGCCACGCCGGGAAGACCAUCAUCCCGCUCAUCUCUCAGUGCACCCCGAAGGUGGACUUUCCGCAGGACCAGCUCUCCACCCUCACCGGGCGCAUCCAGGAGGCCGGCACCGAGGUGGUCAAGGCUAAGGCCGGAGCAGGCUCUGCCACCCUGUCCAUGGCAUAUGCCGGAGCCCGGUUUGUCUUCUCCCUCGUGGAUGCAAUGAACGGGAAGGAAGGCGUUGUCGAGUGUUCCUUUGUCAAGUCCCAGGAAACGGACUGUCCGUAUUUCUCCACGCCAUUGCUGCUGGGGAAAAAGGGCAUCGAGAAGAAUCUAGGCAUCGGCAAAAUCUCCCCUUUUGAAGAGAAGAUGAUCGCCGAGGCCAUUCCUGAGCUGAAAGCCUCCAUCAAGAAAGGAGAGGAGUUUGUCAAGAACAUGAAAUGAGCAGGCGGUUGGCGAGCAGUCCGCUUCCUUAACUUAUUCGGGCAUCAUGUCACUGUAAAGCCAUUUCAGACCCCUCUGUCUCCUCCCUUUGCUUUGGUGAUGAGUGUCCUGUUUACAAAGCACCCCUUCCAAAUCUCGGGGCAUCUCUCGGUGCAUCCGUAAAGCAGGCUCUGGUCUUGUUUUUGAGAGUCUCCUCCGGUUGAAUACUCGGCUUUCUUCCCCAACAGAGCUGACUGCAGAGUGUCCAUCGUGAUUCGGAACUAGAUGUGUUUCCAAAAUAGACGGAAGCAUGAUGGUCUGUCAGUAGCUUCAGAUCUCACACCUUUAUCAGUAACUGCUUCUCCCACCCUGCCCUCUGCUCCGUCGAGUCCCUCGGGUGUGUGGGCUGAAGGAAGGGCUGGCUGCAUCCGAGAGGGUGGCAGCCCGGUGGCCAACGCCAGGCUGCCGUCUUAUGUUCCAAGCUUGUUUCUGUGUGUGUUUUCUGGCCAAACAAACAGCACCAUUGGCUGGAUUUCGUUGUCUAAUUCUGAUCAAGCCCUGAAAUUCAGUGGCAGUGACAAUCCACAGCCAGAAGUGGGAGGAAAGCUGGGCAGGGCAGGACAGCUGCACCAAAACACCAGCUGCCACCGCCGGGCUGAAGACAUGGGGAAGGGGUUUCACGGCCUCAUCAGUGGCCUGAGGGGACUUCGUUGCAUUAGCUGGGCUUACGGUAAAUGUGAGGAAUUACAGGAGACCUGACUCCCUUAGUGUCAGGUGAAAACAGCUCCAUACCUGGGGAAGAACUUUCUGGCCACGGGUGAUGAUUGACCUUCCAGUGAAAGCACAGGUGAGGGUGGAGCCCCCCCCAGUGGACAGAUACUCAUUUAUCAACAGCUUUUUUUUUUUUUUUUUCCUUAAAACUGAAAUGGAUUUUAUCGUGUGACAUUGUUUUCUUAUGCAAAUAAAUAAUGUUCACUGUUUAAAACCUAAAAUGUAGCCAAAUAAUAAAAUCAGGAAAUAUAUGACCA